GAAGUCGUCCUCGCAGUGUGUUGCAAGUAUCGCAUACACUACAUAUCCUAGCUUGCACUGCGUCGACAGCAGUCGUGUGUCGGUUCUCCAAGAUGGCGUCGUUGGGAAGGAGGCGCGGUGUCCAAGUCAACAGGGAGAGGGGAGUGAUGGCAGCAACGGACUGCUACAUCGUUCACGAGAUCUACAACGGGGAGAAUGCGCAGGACCAGUUUGAGUACGAGCUGGAGCAGGCACUGGAGGCACAGUACAAGUACAUUGUGAUCGAGCCCACGCGCAUUGGUGACGAGACGGCCCGCUGGAUCGCCGUGGGCAACUGCCUGCACAAGAUGGCCGUGCUGUCAGGCACCGCCUGCCUCCUGACGCCGCUCUCGCUACCGCCCGAGUACUCGCGCUACGUAGCACUGCCCACUGGUGCCCUCAGCGUGGCUUGCUCCACCCUCUAUGGAAUCUCCUGGCAGUUUGAUCCCUGCUGCAAGUACCAGGUGGAGUACAACAGCCAAAAACUCUCGCAGCUGCCCCUGCACACACUCACCUCCUCCACGCCAGUGGUGCUGGUGCGCAGGGACGACAUCCACAGAAAGAGACUCCACAACACGAUAGCGCUGGCCGCCCUGGCCUACUGCGCCAAGAAGAUCUACGAACUCUACGCGUUAUGAGCACACUCGGAAGAGGUUUAAAAAAUAUAUAUAUAAUGGGAAAAGAAAGAAUCCGCCAAGUGGAAGCCAUGCGCACAGUCGAGGGUUUGCCCCUAACCCCCCCACCCCACUUGAGCGGGCGCUUAAUUUUGGGCUGUUUGAUGGAUCAGAGGGAUAUAGCUAAAUCUAGAAGGAAUUAUUUUUACCUUCUCAUUUUCUUUACUUGUAAGUGACAUCACCAGUGCACUUAUCCAUAUGGAACCCUUGUGCCUCUUCCCUGUCCCUGUACCCCUCAAUACACUAAGUUAGUGCACAAGGGUAGCUAAGUAAAAAUAAAUAGACUGAAUCGUGUUGCAGUUGAAAUGGACAGACUUAAGUAUUACCAACAUUUGUCUAUUCCUUGUAGUUUUACUGUGCCCCUUUCUUGCUGAUCAGUACGUUACCCUUUCAUUAAACAUUAGGAUAUUUCAAA